AUGGUCAUGUUAAUGGCAGGUCCGAAGAUGAUCCCGCGGGCAAUGGUGCAUUUAGAUGGGAAGUGCUCUCCCCACGACCACACCGAAAAGAUCGUGAAUGGCGCCACCGUGAUGCAGAUAAGUAGAUCAACGAUCGCCAGAUUGAUGUGGAAGGAAUUGUCCCAGGUCCGCAGGAUGGGGGUGGAGAUAGUUAUGAUGAUCACACUGGCGUUUCCAAAGUUACAACGGUGUUUGACGCGGUCGUGUAGAUCUUCAUGUACUCAUAUAAAUAUGACUAGACACCAGACAAGAGAUCAUAAGCUGAAGAUGCAGGGAUAUCUGUUUCUGUGUCUCCUCCUGGUGGGCGUGCAGACUUUGCAUGCACAGAGCUCGUGGCAAUGCAGUUUCGAGAGUAACUUAUGUUCAUUUACCAGUGAAGGGUAUGGCUGGACAAGACUUACUGGAGCCACUGGCAGCAGUGGCACGGGACCCAGCGGAGCCUACGAUGGCAGGUAUUAUAUGUAUACUGAGACGUCCAGUCCCCGUCGGACCGGGGAUCGAUUUAAGCUGGUCAGUAAACAGUUUGUUAAAACUGGAAUGUGCCCGACCAAAUUGACCUUCUACUACAACAUGUACGGCAGAACCAUGGGUACCUUUAAUGUUUACGCCAGGGACGUGGCUACCAAUAAAAACACUCUGCUCUUCACUCGGUCAGGAAACUUGGGAAGUGUGUGGCUCUUGGCACAGGUGGACCUACCUAAAGAGCUGAGCAAAUUUAAGAUCGUCUUUGAAGGCAUCCGUGGGUCUGAUUACUAUAGUGAUCUCGCUGUAGACAAGAUUUCCUUGAGAGGCCUGGGCGAUUGUGUCGAAUUUUGUAGCGAACCCCCUGCGGGCACAGACCAGGUCACCAUGGUGUACAACAAGGUACCCUUUGACAGCAACGUCACCUACACGUGCCCAGAGGGUCUGUACAUGAAUAACGGGACCAGAAACGUGACAUACAGGUGUGAUGAAAACGGCACCUGGCCCAUCACUGAGACGCCAAGGUGCCAAGCUGACUGCCCAAGUUACCGUCUGUUAAACAGCACCAGUGGCGUCAUCUACAGUCCAAAUUACCCUGAAAACUAUCCUGUCAGCCAGAAUUGUCGGUGGUCAAUCCUUGUCCCAACUGGACGGUCUGCUGACUGCCCAAGUUACCGUCUGUUAAACAGCACCAGUGGCGUCAUCUACAGUCCAAAUUACCCUGAAAACUAUCCUGUCAGCCAGAAUUGUCGGUGGUCAAUCGUUGUCCCAACUGGACGGUCGGUCAGGAUAUCAUUUCCCGUGCUUCAAACCGAGUACGACUAUGACGUGCUGGAAUUGUAUGCGGGGUAUAACCGCAGAAAUCUGCUUGCUACUGCUAGUGGAGACAUUCCGCCCGAACCAGUUAAGACCAACUCCAGUAUUGUGGAUGUGUACUGGAAGAGCGACAUGUCAAACACGGACCGUGGCUUCACUCUCAUGUAUAACAUGACACCAUGUGGAAUUCCAAAACCUCCCAUCAACGGCUCAAUAGAAAUCAUCGAGGGACUCGAUGUCGGGGAUUCGAUCACCUACCAAUGUAGAAAAGGGCAUGAUUUGGUUGGGAAAGCAACGGCUGUUUGUACUCUGCAGGGAUGGAACUCACCCACACCCACUUGUCCACCGAAGUCCUGCGGUAAUUUGACUGCCCCUGCCAAUGGCUAUGUUUCUGGUGGUUCGCUGUAUUCUAACCGUGUAUCCUACAGCUGCCAGCGAGGCUACAUGUUGAAAGGGGACAUAUAUAGGAUGUGUACGGCCGAGGGAGUGUGGAGCGGUGCAUCUCCCACUUGUGAAGUUACCACUUGUAAGCAGCUACAAGCUCCAGAAUUCGGUAAAAUUUCGGGUGCUGAAAAUUAUGUCUUCGGAGCUAAGGUAAAACUUAGCUGCCGAUAUGGACUGAAGUCUGGUUCACUUCAAAGAGAAUGUUCUGACGGAGGCUAUUGGACCGGGUAUACUACCAUAUGCAAAGAUCCUCUGGAGUGCAAUUUCGAAAACGGGUUUUGUCAGUAUUCCUUAUCCGGAACACAGACUUGGCUAAGGAAUCGCGGUCGAACUUCCAGCAGUGGCACCGGACCCAGUGUAUCCAACGGUUACUACGCAUACAUCGAGGCGUCUAAUGGUGGCAAUGGCACCCGCACCAUGACCAGCCAAAGGUUCUCCCUGGCCAAGAGGUGCCACUUGCUUCAGUUUGCCUACAACAUGAACGGCGCCGAUAUUGGAACCCUGAACGUGUACUUGAAAACGUUCGCGCAGACGACCAGCCAGACAUUGGUAUGGUCCCUGAGCGGUGACCAGGGAGACGUCUGGGAGACCGCCAAAAUUGUCCUACCGCCAAAAUCUGGAUACCAUCAGAUCAUAUUCGAAGCGAGUGGUGUAACAGAAUAUCGAGGCGACAUCGCCAUUGAUGACAUCAAUCUGACUCCUGGCAAAUCCAGUGACUGCUCAGAGUUUCAAUCCACCAAGUUUCCAGUAGUAUACACCAAUGGAACCGCUUUCCAAGGAUGCAAUGCAAGUAUCCUAGUUAAACCAGGGACCACACAGGUAGUCAUGUCACCAAGAUAUCCGUAUCCGUAUCCGCCCAACCUGUCAUGUCUGACCCACCUGUACACCGCACGUGGCUACACCCUGCUGGUGAAUGUUACCGAUUUCUCUCUUCAGUCGCCCAGAAACUCUUUUUGUCAAGAUUCUCUGGCGGUCACCAGGUUGUUGCCCAAUGCUACUUCCUCGUCCAAGGCCGUCUGUGAUAUAGAACUAGAGAAGCUCGGACUGUCCUCUUUCCCAACUGACCAGGCCAGUCUGCAGAAGAUAGCAACAGACGGGGAUGAGUUGAUGUUUAAUUUCCGAACAGACGACAUUGAGUCGGGCAACUCCGGCUAUAAGGCUUACGUCAGCAGCGUGAAAGCAAGCGAUUAUUAUCCCAGAGAUUGCUCUGAAGAUCCGGCAGAUGGCAGUCGUAUAGUGGAGAUAUGGCCAGAUAGAGCGGGAGGUCCAUUCUUAGCACUGUGCGAUGGCCCCUACACCGUCAUACAGCAGCGCUUGACCGGAUAUGUCGACUUCAAUCGUACAUGGAUGGAGUACGCGCUUGGCUUUGGCAGAUUGAGAGAGAAAGGUGACUUUUGGCUGGGCAACAACAAAACGUACGCACUGACUUCCCAGAAGAGAUACAAACUCCGCAUUGAAAUGACGUACUUCGAUUACGUCUCACAUCCGGGAACUUACGUGGCAGAGUACAGCACUUUCCAAUUGGAAGAUGCCUCUAACCUUUUCCGACUUAAGAUCGGUGGCUACAACGGCACAGCCGGAGACUCUAUGUACAACACCCCGGAGUCAUUUGGCAAACUUAACGGUAAAGCAUUCGGCACGUACGACAGAGACAGUGGCAAGUGCGCUUACGACUACGGCGGCGGCUGGUGGUGGGACGGUUGCUCCUACGGUGCCCUGAACAACCGAUACGGAAAUGAUGACAUGUGCCAGAAAACAUGGCAGUGCAUAACAUGGGGCACUGUGCACAAGGAUGACCCUAUCAGGACCACCGUGAUGAAACUGAUUCCUUUGUAG